UGUAAAACUUUACACUUCAGAAAUUCGCCGGGAACUACAAUUGGAGCUAGGACGAGGAUCGGAAUCAUUGCAGUCACUGCUUAUUAGACCAGGCCAUGAGGACGCGAUUAAUAUCAGCUGCAAUUCUAUUUGCAUUUGCAUUAUCUCUGUUUAGCAUAGAAUCAAAAACCCUUGAUCCUUACAAGGUGCUUGGGGUUGACAAAAAUGCAAGUCAACGGGAGAUUCAGAAAGCUUUCCAUAAGCUUUCCCUGAAAUAUCACCCAGAUAAAAACAAAGAAAAGGGGGCACAAGAGAAGUUUUCUGAGAUUAAUAAUGCAUAUGAUAUUCUUUCUGAUGAAGAAAAGAGGAAGAACUAUGACCUCUAUGGAGAUGAGAAGGGAGCUCCUGGGUUUGCUGGUGGAAGUGGUGGAGACCAUGGUGAAUAUACAUAUUUCACAAGUGGACCAGGACAAAAUGGGUUUAAUUUCAAGCCUGGCAGUUGGCAAAAUAUGGGUGGACAAGGAGGUUCAAAAUCAUUUUCGUUUUCUUUUAGUGGUGCUGGUAGCCAAGGAGGCUCCUUUGGUUUUGGGUUGGAUGAUAUGUUCACCAACUUCUUUGGAGGUGGCAUGGGAGGUGGAAGUCAAUCUGGUGGUUUUAGUAGUUCAGGGAGGUCUCAGUCUGGAACAAGGAGUACUGUGAAGAGUAUCCCUUCUAUAAAUUCAGAAACAUACAGGAACGAAAUAGCUGAUAAAGGCAUAACUUGGCUCUUAUUAUCUUAUACAUCAAAUGUAAAAGAUGUUGAAUCUUAUGAAUCUAUUAUAGGUGAAGUUGCCAGCUCACUACAAGGAGUGCUGAAGGUAGGAAAGGUAAAUUGCAAAACUGAUGCAUCUCUUUGCAAGGAGCUUGGCAUACAUCCUCGCAAUGCACCAAAACUGUUUAUUUAUUCCUUUAAAUCAUUGGAAACCGGUUCCAUGUUAGAGUACCAUGGUGAUUUAGAUGUUAAAAGCUUGAAAAGUUUCUGUCAAGAGCAUCUGCCCAGAUUCUCAAAACGUGUCAACUUGAAUCACUUUGAUUUUGCUUCCGAGGCUGCUGGAGGUUUACCAAAAGUGAUGCUCCUCUCCACAAAAAAAGACACUCCGGUUAUCUGGAGGGCUCUUAGUGGCUUGUAUAGAAAACGUCUUGUUUUCUAUGAUGCAGAGGUUCAUGAUGUUUCUGAUCCAGCUGUGAAAAAGUUAGGGGUUGAUGCUCUUCCAGCAGUUGUUGGCUGGCUGGCAAAUAGGGAGAAGCAUAUUUUGAAGACUGGGAUUUCCGUAAAAGACCUGAAAUCUGCUAUUCAAGAUUUAAGUGGUUUACUAGAGAAUUUUGAAAAGAAGAACAAGAAGGUAGGACCAUCACAAGCUGAAUCAGAGUUUAAACAAAUCCCGCUUCUCACAGGAUCAAACAUAGAUGAUAUUUGCGGGGAGAAUUCUCCUGUCUGCAUAAUUGGUGUUUUCAGGUCCUCCAAAUCAAGGGCUAAGCUCGAAAAGAUUCUCUUGUCGGUCUCCCAGAAAUCUUUAGUGAGACGGCAGAACACUCCAAAUGGUCGCAGAGAUUCAAUUUCCUAUGCUCUUCUGGAUGCUGCCAAGCAGGAGUCAUUUUUAAAGGCAUUUGACAAAUCAGGCUUUAAAUCCACAGAUCGCCUCUUGCUUGCCUACAAACCGCGUAAAGGAAAGUUUGCGGUGCUUAAAGAUGAAGUGACGGAAGAGGACGCAGAGAAAUUUAUAGGUGCUAUACUUAGCGGGGACAUUCAUUUCUCCAAGACCAAACAAAAUCCUUCAGCUCGAUAACCCACCCACCCACCCACCCAACUAAUUACAAGCCAUAUAGUGUAACAAUUUCUUCAUCCUCGCAAGCUAAGCUGAUUAGAAGGCGCCAUUAUCGGGUUUUCAUUUUUCACUUAAAAUCCGUGUAAUUUAGCAGUCGAGAAAGGUAAAUAUAUAUAUGAAUAGUGAGUAUAUGAAGUUUGCCGUUUAGUCAUGGAAAAUGUGAUGCGCUUUCAGUAGUACAGUAAACUUUACUGUGGGCAAGUGUAAUUUAUCCCGCCAGAUUGUUGCUUAAAGCUGAAUUUGAAUACCGCACCGCAGUUUGGGGGAACAGGCAGCAGUAUGUGGAACGUGCAUUGCGCCGAAUUCUGUCCUUGUCGUUUGCAUUUAGUCUUUA